AUCUUCCGAAGUCGCCUUCAACGCCUCCGGAAAGAGCCGAUCCCAGCGACCCCGGAAGUAGCAGCUGGAGCCAGGCAGGGGCUGUGGUGGCCGGCGGCGUCCGAGGGGACAAUGGAGGAGAGCGGCGGCGGCGACAGAUUUCUUCGGACAUGAUCAGACGUCGGUCGUGGGGUCAGGAGCCGCGUGCGAUGUCCGCGUAACGAUUAUCCAAACUGUGAGGUCACAUUUCAGACAUGCAGGCGUCAGCACAUCGCUUCCGUGAUGUGGAGCACCAUCCUCUGCUUAAUGAGAGCGAUGGCUUCAACUCCUCCCCCUCAGAGGCGGAGCUGGCGGACAGGCUGUGGUUCAUCCGCGAUGGCUGCGGCAUGGUCUGCGCUGUGAUAACAUGGAUGCUGGUCUUCUAUGCAGACUUUGUGGUGACUUUUGUAAUGCUGCUCCCCUCCAGAGACUUUUGGUAUUCAGUUAUUAAUGGGACCAUGUUCAACUGCUUGGCAGUGCUGGCGCUGACCUCCCACCUGAGGACAAUGCUGACUGAUCCGGGGGCAGUGCCCAAAGGAAAUGCGACCAAGGAAUAUAUGGAGAGUUUACAGCUGAAGCCGGGCGAGGUGAUCUACAAGUGUCCGAAGUGCUGCAGCAUCAAACCAGAGCGCGCCCACCACUGCAGUAUCUGUAAGCGAUGUAUCCGGAAGAUGGACCACCACUGCCCCUGGGUCAAUAACUGCGUCGGGGAGAAGAACCAGCGAUUCUUUGUCCUCUUCACAAUGUACAUCGCGCUCAUCUCCCUCCACGCGCUCGUCCUGUGCGUCCUCCAGCUCUUCACCUGCGUCCAGGGGCAGUGGACAAGCUGCAGCUCGUUCUCACCCCCGGUCACGGUCAUCCUCAUGAUCUUCCUCUGCCUGGAGGGGUUCCUCUUCCUCACCUUCACCGCCGUCAUGUUCGGGACCCAGAUUCACUCGAUAUGUAACGAUGAGACGGAAAUCGAGCGACUAAAGAGCGAGAAGCCGACCUGGGAGCGGCGACUGCGCUGGGAGGGAAUGAGGUCCGUCUUCGGGGGGCAGCCAUCUUUCCUGUGGAUUAACCCCUUUGCCGGUCUCCAAAUCAGACGUUUCCUGAGAGCGCGGAAAGGAGGCACCGAGUUCUCGGUUUGAGAUUUACCCCGGAAUAAGACGUGUUAUUCAGACGACCAAAAGACACAAGGAGCUUACAAUCAAAUUUACGGAUUUGUUUUUAAUUGAAGAGACUUCAGAGAUGCGGACAGUGUGGGGUCUGGAGGGUCUUCUCUUCUGCUACAGGGUCCGGAUUGUUUUUUUUAGUUCAUGUCUACAGAUUUUUUUUUAUCAGGAUGAGAUUUUAUGGCGGGAGACGAGAGCCGCCCUGAUCCGGUUGGGCGGUGUCAGCAUGCAGGUCCUGCUCCACGUGUGCAUGGCGGCUGUAGGCUCUGGGCUCGCUCCGCUCUCCGCUUCAUCUCCUCCUCCGUCCCUCCCCCCCCUCCUGCGCUCUCAUUGCAGUUGCCAUCUUGAUCUAGAUGCUGCAGAACAUCUUGGCGCCGGGCAGUAGGAGGUUUGUGGCGCCAGGUUUAGUGUCUUCAGGCAACACGCAGCUCCACUGUGACAUCAUUUACUGGUUAAAGCUGCGGGUUAUACUGGUUCACAAUUCUGUACACCAGUCACUCCCAGAGCUGAAUUCACAAUUCUGUUGCACCAUAUCUUCAAUCACAUCCCGAGCUGAACCCACUAUUCUCUUAUAUCAUGUCUUAGGCUCCAGUCACAUCCAGAGCUGCAGUCAACAUUUUGAUAUUGCAUCAUACCUUAAACUCCAAUUGCAUCCAGAGCUACAUUCACAUUUGUUACAUUUUGUCUUCAGUCACAUCCAGAGCUGAAUUCACAACUGUUAUAUCAUGCUUUAUUCUCCAAUCUUAUCCGGAGCUCCAGUGACCAUUGUGAUGUUACAUCAUGUCUUAUACUCCACUCACAUCUAGAGCUGCCGUCAGAUUGUUACUUAAUGUCCUGUACCUCAAUGACACCCACAGCUGCAUUCACAAUUCUGUUAAAUCAUGUCUUAUGCUGCAGUCACAUCUAGAGCUGCAUUCACAAUUCUUUUUAUAUCCUGUCUAAUGCUCCGUUCACAUCUAGAGCUUCUGUUACAACGUUGAUUUUAAAUCAUUCCUUUCCCCUUGUCAUGUGCAGAGCUGUAAUCACAAUUCAGCUAGCUAAAAUGUCAGAAUAUGGAUGCUGCAGCGAUCAGUGGAUGGUUGGCACCCCCAGCUGUAGUCAGCGGGGCGUUCCCCCUGUGGCGGCCACUACAGGGGAAGUGAAGUAUUGCAUGGCAGUAAUUUGGCUGAAUGACCAGAGAGCGUUUCCAUUCUCACUCAUUUGGGGGAACCCUCCCUAUGGUGUGCCCAUAUAGCCAGGGGGCAACCCCUUUAAGUCCUGCAGCCGGAGAGCUAAACGAAUUGUGGCUGCAGCUCUGGCUGUGACUGGAGUACAGUACUCAUGCAGCAAUAACCUGGGACAUGAUGUGUCACAGUGGAGCUGCGAAUCCGUGACGUGCAGGGGCCGCCGUGAUUGUGCUGUCUGAUCCGCUCAGGACAAGCGGCUUCUGCAGAGUAGUCACCGCUUCUCCUGCGUGUCCCAGCAUGAACCUGGGCGCCGGCUCCUUCACCUCUCCUCAUUGUAAAUCAUCCUGUGUCCGGGGAGCGCCGUUGUCUCGUGUAUGGGGCAUGCCGUUGCGGAUGAUGAGAGUUUUCUUAUGCACUGAUUUGUGAAAUAAAGUAUUGAACUCGUU